UGUCGUCACAUGGGCUGAAGGUUGUCGCUAGCAGUUUUUUCAACUGUUUCCUACGGAACAGUAACCACCGUGAGCAGGAUACAACAGCAGCUUCGGUUCAUACAAUCUUGAAGUUCCUGGAAAACAGUAAAGGAGGCAAGAUAACAGAGGAUGGCCACUCCCUUUGUCCCCGUGCCAGUCCCCAUGCAACAGCAGACCCAACCAGUUACCUGCAGUUCCUGGCCCAAGAGGACUUCUCCCUUGGGAAGUCCAUGUGACAGCUCCCCCACGGAAAAGACCACCUGGGAGAGAUCCACAGGAUGUUUAGGAGCUACAUUACCCUGUCCUAGUCUUCCCCAAACAGAGGGACAUGGACGACCCAGCAGAGGGAAGCAGAGAAGUGUCCAGGAAGAUGGGACCUCCAGAGAUGACUGGGAAGAACGACCGAGCACUCCCACCCUGCUGGGAUAUGAGAUCAUGGAGGAGAGGGCCAAGUUCACGGUCUAUAAGAUCCUGGUGAAGAAGAAUCAAGAAGAUAGUUGGGUGAUCUUCAGAAGAUAUACAGACUUCUCUCGGCUCAAUGACAAGCUCAAAGAGUUGUUUCCAAGGUUCAGGUUGUCCUUGCCGCCCAAACGCUGGUUUAAGGAUAACUAUGACAUGGAGUUUCUAGAAGAGAGACAAAUCGGCCUACAGACCUUUCUACAGAACCUGAUUGCGCACAAAGACAUUAUUAACAGUGCAGUGGUCAGACAGUUCCUCUGUCUGGAUGAUCCUCCAGGUCCUUUCGACAGCCUAGAGGAGAGCCGGGCGUUCUGUGAAACCCUGGAGGAGACCAACCACCGGUUGCAGAAGGAGCUCCAGGAGAAACAGAAGGAGAUUGACUUUCUCAGGAGAGCUCUGGAGGAGAGGGAGGUCUCCAUAGCACUCCUGGAGCAGAGGGUGAGUGGUGACUCCCCCCAUGCAGAGAGCCCUGAGAGUCCAUGCAGACUAUUAACAAAGAGCAGUGAGAAGAGUGCUGAAACCAGUACCAGCACAGAUGGACAUGGAAACACUGACCGAAGAUCAACCGAAUUUGAGGCCCGGCCAGAAACAAUGUGUGGGGAAAGCUGCGAUGACCAGCGGACAGUCAAAGGUCACAGGGUUCAGUGGUGUUCUCCAGUUGUCAAUGGUUGCCCAGGACCCUCCUGAACUCCAUCCUGAUUUUUGAAGAACAUGAAUUCAAGCUCAGUUAAUUUCUUGAUCAUACCCAUUUACUCACAAUUGAUAUACUUUACUGCUGCUCGUUCUUGCUGUUUGUAAUUGCAAAUCAUCAUUGUAAAAGAAAAAAAUAGUAUUUAGUAUUAAAAUGUAUAUUUGUUUA